UUGAUGGAAAAUCUAAGGAUAACAUUAAGGCUCGAAUGGAUUUAGAAGCAAUGGGUAUAAGAAAAGAGUUACAUUUACAGCAAAAGGGAAAUAAAUUUUUUAUGCCACUUGCUUGUUAUACAUUACCGAAGCCUGAAAGGAGAAAGUUUUGCGAAUGGUUGCAGUCAAUCCGGUUGCCAGACGGAUAUGCUUCCAAUCUUUCUCGAUGUGUAAGUGUUCAGGACUGCAAAGUUAUGGGGAUGAAAAGCCAUGAUUAUCAUAUAUUCUUGCAACGGUUACUUCCAGCAUCAAUUUGUGGGUCUUUGCGUAGUGAGGUUUACACUGCAUUAUCAGAGUUGAGCUCUUUCUUUAAGGAGCUUUGUUCGAAGACUUUAAAAAGAUCUACAGUUAAAAAGUUGCAGAGCGAUAUCAUUUUGAUAAUAUGUAAACUUGAGAUGAUAUAUCCUCCAUCUUUUUUCGUGGUAAUGAUGCAUUUGGCAAUUCAUCUGCCACGUGAAGUAGAAUUAGGAGGCCCUGUUCACUAUAGGUGGAUGUACUUUAUUGAGAGGUUCUUACGUACUUUGAAAAAUUAUGUACGUAACUUAGCUCGACCGGAGGGUUCAAUUGCUGAAGCGUAUAUCACUAAAGAAUGUUUGAACUUUUGUUCACUGUAUUUUCAUGGUGUUGAGACAAUAUAUAAUCGCGUUGAGACUUUCUUUACAAACAAAAAUCAAUAA